CUUCUCCCCUACGCCCUGUGUCGAAUGGUGUCACCCUGUAGUCGAGAGCCGGAGUCCCGAGCGCCGCGUGGGCGCCCAGAGCCGGAUCCCGGAGUAGCAGCCAGAGCCUCUGGAACCGUCGCCGUGAUGAGCGGGGACCACAACCCGGCCAGCACCCCAACUCCGGUCCAGGACCUGCAGGGCGACGGGCGUUGGAUGUCCCUGCAUCAUCGCUUUGUGGCGGACAGCAAGGACAAGGAACCGGAGGUGGUCUUCAUAGGGGAUUCCCUGGUGCAGCUGCUGCACCAGUGCGAGCUCUGGAGGGAGCUCUUCUCCCCACUUCAUGCGCUGAACUUCGGGAUUGGUGGGGAUGGCACCCAGCACGUCCUGUGGAGGCUGGAGAACGGGGAGCUGGAGCACAUUCGACCCAAGAUCGUGGUGGUCUGGGUGGGCACCAACAACCACGGGCACACGGCGGAGCAGGUGGCGGCCGGAAUCGAGGCCAUCGUGGGGCUGGUGAACCAGCGGCAGCCUCAGGCGCGGGUGGUGGUGCUGGCCCUGCUCCCCAGGGGCCAGCACCCCAACCCCCUGAGAGACAAGAACCGGAGAGUCAACGAGCUGGUGCGGGCUGCUCUGGCCAGCCGGCCUCGGGCCCACUUCCUGGACGCGGACCCCGGCUUCGUGCACUCGGACGGCACCAUCAGCCACCACGACAUGUAUGACUACCUGCACCUGACCCGGCUGGGCUACACGCCCGUGUGCAGGGCCCUGCACGCCCUGCUGCUGCGGCUGCUCACCGCUGGCCAGGGCCCCCCACAACCCGAGCCCUGAACCCCCCCAUUAAAGGCCUCCUCCCA